UCAAACUUCAAGUAUAUGAUCUAUCCUGGCCUGCAGCGCCCCCUGCUGACCCCUCCGGCUCCCUACAGGCCGCAGCAGGAAGAAGACGUGUCCCACUCUCAGAUUAGCUUCAGCAGGGAGAUGGAGGCAGACAGCACCGGAGGCAACAUGGGAAUAAAAGCAGAAGACGUGGAAAUGGCAGAAAACCCAUUUGAACCUUACAUUGAAUCUCUUCGUCAGCAGCUCGAAGACCAAGACCCCGUGUUUCUGAUCGCAGUGAUCGUCGCUCUGGCUGUGGUUGUCAUUACCUGUGUGUUUCUGAAGUACUUUCUAACCAGUAAAACUGUCAGGAGUGCUGUGCUGCUGGUCGGACUGUGUGACUCCGGGAAAACCCUCAUCUUCAGCCGGCUGUUGUCAGGAAAGUACAAACGGACACAGACCUCCAUCACCGACAGCAGCGCUCCAUACAAAGCCAAAAAUGACAAGGCCACCACCUGGACUCUGAUAGACCUGCCAGGACAUGACAGCCUUCGCUCGCAGUACCUGGAGAAGUUCAAAUCUGCAGCCAGAGCGAUUGUGUUUGUCGUGGACAGCGGUAUCUUCCAGAAGGAAGUGAGAGACGUGGCAGAGUUCCUGUACAUGUUGUUGACGGACACUGUGAUCUCCAGGAACGCCCCGGCUCUGCUGGUGGCGUGCAACAAACAAGAUAUCACCAUGGCAAAAUCAGCUAAACUGAUUCAGCAGCAGCUGGAAAAGGAACUGAACACCUUGCGAGUGACGCGCUCUGCGGCCCUCAGCUCUCAGGAUGGCUCUGUGGGCGGCAGUGUGUACCUGGGGAAAAAAGGAAAGGACUUUGAGUUCAGCCAGCUGCCGCUUAAGGUGGAGUUCCUUGAGUGCAGCGCCCGUGGCAGCAAGGGUGAAGACGGAGAUGCAGACUUGGAGAGCCUGGAGAAGGGCCUAGCUAAGCUGUAAAAUUAGCAGCUGAACAUCCUUGGAGCAGAAUUUGCUUGUCAAUUGACAGUGGAAUCUCAGUGGAGGAUUUAUUUGACAGGAAAAGCAGUCCAGCAGUCCAAUCUGUGCUGACUGUCAGUAUAAAAUGACAUCAGAGGUGGAUGAAUGUUUGAGACAUAUUCAAUCAAAACACACCAAAAAGACUGAAGUAGCAGUUCGUCCGUUUGCUCUGCAGUGCUGAGAAAUGAUCACAUGCUCAUUUACUGUAAAUUGUACUGUGAACAUCUGCCUUGAAACGCUUAUUUGGCUUGUUUAGAGAGGAUAUAAUUUAAAGUAUUUGGGUAAAUUACAACAUUUGCUGUUUAUGAUUGCGAUUUAAAGUUAAAUUGUUACUGGCUGGCACAGAUUUUCACCAUUCUUGUGCUAAACUCAGCUAGUCUGAUGUAUCAGCUGCCUUGUUAAGACAGUUAGGUGUGACUGUAUUCAUCAACUCAGUCAGCCUUGUGCCUUUAUUCUGGUAUUCUUAUAGCAAAGUGUUGCUUGUUUGCAAUAGAAUGACGUUUAUUUGUUUGAAAGUGUUGUGUGAAUACAGUGCAUUUGCAAUGAAUGUAUGAAUUUAUUCAGAUUUUGUGUUUGUAGUUGUCUGGCUUGUUUAAAAACUGACAAUGUAAAGUUUCUGUUGCUUGUGAUGUAAAGGAGUCCACACGUCAA